GUCUUUUUGCUCAAACCUCGUCAAUUCCAUUCAUUUGAAUGAAUCACUAACAAUGUCAACCUUGCUCUUGAGACAAAACCUCAAACCCUCAGGAAAACUCCCACCGCUCUCCACUUUCCCACGCUUUCUCGCUUCCCAAACAUCUAAUUUCCCUAUUUCACCAGAUACCCAUUUCUCAAAUCCGCCUCAUUUUGUCCCCCAUGACACUUUUCGUCCUUCAUUUUACAGAAAGAUCUCAACUUUGGCUCAUUUUCCGGGCAACCAUAGACCAAAGUCAUCCUUUCCUUCCAAAGCCUAUUUCUCUACAGCUUCUACGGCUUCCAAAAAUGUAGUUCGAGAUCUUCUUGCAGAAUUAGAGCGCGAAAAGCAGAGAGAAAGGGAGGAGAGGAAGAGAAAAGGGCUGGGAACCAAGGACAUUGAUGAGGAUGACGAAGAAGAUUACAUGGGUGUAAUGCCAUUGAUAGAGAAACUUGAGAAAGAGAAGUGGAAGGAUACUGAUGACUUGAUGUUGCAUGAAGAACCCACUGAUUCAGACAGUGAGGAAGACGAGGAAGAUAUAAGAGCUGCAGAGAAGGGGUUUGAGACUUAUAAGAGAAAGUGUAAGAGGCAUGAGGAGUUGCUCAAAAACUUCACUGAGGCUGAGACACUUGAUGAGGCUUUUCAGUGUAUGAAUAAAAUUGACAAGUUUGAACAAAAACAUUUCCGGCUGCGCCCUGAAUACAGGGUCAUUGGUGAGUUGAUGAAUCGACUAAAGGUAGCAGAAGGUAAAGACAGAUUCACUCUUCAACAAAAACUAAAUAGGGCUAUGAGGAUGGUAGAUUGGAAGGAAGCCUAUGAUCCUAACAAUCCUGCCAAUUAUGGAGUUAUACAGCGUGAACAAGUUGGCGCUUCUGAAGAACUUGUAGAACAGGCUGGAGAUGAAGGAGAAAACCCAAUGAUACCAGGAGAUGCUGAUGAUGAGGAUGAAGAAGAGUUUGAUGACAUGAAAGAGAGAGAUGACAUACUGUUAGAGAAGCUUAAUGCUAUUGACAAGGAACUUGAAGAGAAGCUAGCACAGUUGGAUCAUACAUUUGGGAAGAAAGGAAAACUUCUGGAGGAGGAGAUUAGAGAUCUGGCAGAGGAAAGAAAUGCUUUUACAGAGAGGAGAAAAAGACCUCUUUAUAGGAAGGGUUUUGAUGUAAGGUUGAUAGAUAUGAAUCGAACUUGUAAAGUGACUAAGGGUGGUCAAGUGGUCAAGUACACUGCAAUGUUAGCUUGUGGGAAUUAUCAUGGUGUUAUUGGCUUUGCAAAAGCAAAGGGCCCAGCAGUCCCCAUUGCCCUUCAGAAAGCAUAUGAGAAGUGCUUUCAAAAUCUCCACUAUGUUGAACGGCAUGAGGAGCAUACUAUUGCACAUGCAGUUCAUACUACAUACAAGAAGACUAAGGUGUACCUCUGGCCUGCAUCAACUACAACAGGCAUGAAAGCAGGAAGAACAGUGCAAACCAUUUUGCAUUUAGCUGGCUUCAAGAAUAUCAAAUCAAAGGUUGUUGGGUCAAGGAAUCCUCACAACACUGUCAAGGCUCUUUUCAAAGCUCUAAAUGCAAUUGAAACUCCAAAGGAUGUCCAGGAGAAGUUUGGCCGGAUUGUUGUCGAGAAAUAUCUGCUGUGAGAGGCUUGCUAUAUGGGAAACCCCAACUAUCCAGGCAAUGUUGAUUUCAUAAUUUUUUGAAUCCAAAUGAAUUGAAAAGUGUGUUAGGAAAAUGAAAAUUUUGCCAUGGACAAUACAGUUGAUGUUUUCUCUUAAGUAUUAUAGAUUCAUAAUUAACAUCGAGGAAAUUG